AUGGUUUCAACAGCCCUGAUGGGAGCUACAAGCGUCGCCCUUGUCGCCAAAACAGUACAGAUACACCCAGAAAGAUCGUUGUGGGUGGAUCUCAAAAUUGGACGUUUGGUGUCAAUUACAAUGAUUGGAGUCUGCAAAAAUGGCCCAUUUUAUUACAAUGAUACUUUAGUGUUCAAGUAUGAUCCACCGAGUGACACAAACACUCAUCCUCACAGUGUCUACUUGCUACCAGACCUAUGGAGCUUCAUAAAGUGUGACCUAAGUAGAGCCGUUUUGGUUGCUAAUGAGACACAAGGGGGUGGUGAUGGGUUCGAGUUCGCGCUCAAUAAGUGGCAGCCUCAUUACUUUGCUUGCGGCGGAGGAAAGGGAUCAUAA